UGAUUCGCUCACGCAGAAGGUGGACAUGAGUAAAGUUAAGCUUGACGUCAUUAAGCCUUGGAUCACCACAAAGAUCACACAAAUUUUAGGCAUGGAGGACGAUGUGCUGGUAGAAUUUGUGUAUAAUCAACUGGAGGAAAAGUAUAAGUAGAGACCGUUGGUGGGGCUCAACCCUAUUGUCCAAAUGGCAUUCGGAUGUGCUCCUCUCUGCAUCCGAUUGGCUGCCUUUCUAUCAGCCGUCAACGCUAGCUGACGCCAGCUGGUAUGUCGACGCCAUCUUAGAACCACUGCUGAAUCUUCACCUUCAGCAGUUCCUCCACCGUCGAUACAUCGUCAUCGGAGAAACUGCGUACACGCGAUAAUCUCGUCGCAUCGUGCCGUUCCUGCUCUUCUCACCUUUAUACGGAGCUCUGCAGAUGUCUUCGUAGCUGUAAUCGUGUCAUCUACUAGCUGCAUCCAUCGGCGUCUUAUGCGCAUAACUGCCUCGUUCGAGGUGGUUACACGCCAAGAUCGCAACCACGAAGGCUGUGUCACAGCUUUCGAACGUCCGUCGUCCACUGGCAGCUACAGCGGUUCGAGUUCACGGGAGGAGAUAUCAUCGUCAUCGGCUGCCCUCUGCUCUGCGUUCGUUUUUGGUCAUCGCGCAAGGACAUCGCGGCAGCUGACACCCUAGAUGCAUGUUGCUUCGUUCGUCGUACUUGCCACAACAUCUGGAAGAAUGAAGGACCUUCCCAUCGAGCAGGUCUGUUCGCUGGCCCGCGAUUCUUCAGACGCGGGGUCGAUCAUAGCCGCAAUUGACACGUGGACCACGCCUCCGGAGGUAUCUCUACACGGUUUGACACUUUGUCAACGUCACAGUUUCCGGACCCCCGUAAAAUGCAGCUCAACCUCACAGGAUUUCUGAAUGGCAGGAAUGCCCGAUCUUUCAUGGGUGAACUGUGGGACCUUUUGGCCUCUGCUCAGGAAAGCGUAACGGGCAUUCCCGAGGCUUUCUUGCAACAGAAGAAAGAUCAAAUUAAAAAACGUUUGGAGGAGCAAGAGAAACUUCAAGCUUCUUUGGCGGAGAAGGAGAAGGAAAAGGAGAGAGAGAAGGAGAAGGAUGAAGCAGAAAGCAAGAUAAAGAAGGAAGACAAAGAACGUGGUUCGUCCAAAGAGCGCAGAAGAGAUAGAAGCAGAGAUCGCGAUAGGGACAGAAGCAAGAGAAGUCGAUCGAGAGAUCGGCACAGAGACCGCGACAGAUCCAGUCGUAAGCGACGAUCAUCCUCCAGGUCGCCUAGCAAAAAUUCACUCAAGGACAACGGAAAGGAAAUGCCGGAAGUUAAAGUUGAGAGGGAGGACUCGCCUCAACCCGAAAAUGCUAUACCGCUCAUGCCUAUUAAAACUAAACCGGAAGCCGCUGUCGCGAUAUCUCGACUGCAAGCUAAACUGAUGAGCAUAGCCGAUGGGAAGAAGAAGAAUAAUCGCACUCCAUCCCCCGAAUCUCUGGACAAAGGGAAGAAAUCUAGAUCGAGAUCCAAGUCCCCUAUAAGUCAUUCUAAGAAAUCUAGAUCCAAAUCACCGAGUCGAGAUUCGAAGACGAGACGAUCGCGAUCGCCCGCAUCCAAGUCUAGGCGAUCUCGUUCCAAAUCAAGAUCGAGACGUUCGAGAUCGAGAUCCAAGUCUAGAAGGUCAAAGUCCAGGUCCCAGGAUCGCUCUAAAUCGCGACGCACGAAAUCGAAGUCGCCGAAAUCGCGUUCGAGGUCGCGCUCGCGAUCCAAGAAGUCGAGAUCCAAGAGCAUCGACAGAAGUAAGUCCCGAAAGUCGAGGUCCGAUUCCAGCGAUUCCAGGUCAUCGAAGUCUCGCUCGAAAUCGCCGGAUAAGAGAAAGGAUAAUCUCGAUUCCAACAGGAAACGAGACGCGAGCACGAGCAGUAGCUCGGAGUCCGAGGAGGACAAAGGAGCUAAAGACAAGAACGAUUUCGAGAUUCGAAAGAAGAAGGAUGGAGUGCAGGCGAAAAGGUCGUACAGGAAGACGAAUAAAGACGACAGCGGUAGCGAGAGUGAUUCGAGUCGGGAAAGGAAAUCUGUGCCUAAACGAAGAAGCCCAUCGCCGCGAAAAGACAGGGGUCGAUCCAAGGACAGAGACAGAUCGCGAGAUAGGUCACGGGAUAGAUCACGAGAUAGAUCGCGCGAUCGAUCGCGUGAUAGGAACAGACGGAGAUCCAUAGAUAGAGAACGAGAAAGAAGACGAGAUCGGGAACGCGAAAGAGAGCGGGAGAGACUGGAUAGAUACAGCGGUAGCCGCAGUAUGCGACCGCCAUCCGUGCGCAGAGCCCCCAGCAGGCGAAGGAGUCCUCCUCGUAGAAGUCCCGCGAGGUAUCGUCGAAGAUCGCCGAGUCCUGGUGAUAGACGGAGGAGAAGAUCUCUCGAUCGCAGACGAAGGUCGUCGGAGAGGCGUGACAGACGUCGAUCCCCGGAUCGUCGCGACAGCAGACGUCGUUCGCCAGACGGACGGGAUCGAUCCCUCAGGUACGAUAGAUCUUCAUCUCGCGACAGAUCGAGUAGGCGAGACCGUUCCAGAGACAGAAGGGACAAAGAUCGAAGGUCUAGAUCUAAGGAUCGUAGAUCAAGAUCGAAAGAUCACAGAUCGUCGGCGGAUCGUUCAAGAGAUGACAAACGAUCGCCCGAUCGCUCAAAAGACGCUAAGGAGAAACCGAAGGAGAAGAAGGUGGACGAGAAAAUAAAAAAGUCAACCGAUACGGGAUCGCGAAAAGAAUUAAGAAAUGGAAGGUCUAAGUCAAGUAGCUCGGAAAGUAGCGAAAGUAGUUCUUCUAGCAAUGAGGAUGAAGCGAUCAGAAAGUCGAUUGAGCGGAAAUCGUCUCAAGAGAAACGCGAUCGCGAAAGGGAACGAGACCACGUGGACGAGAAGCGUAAAGAAAAAGAGAAGCCUGUCAAAGAGGAGCCGAUUAAACGACCCGAGAAGGAGACGAAAAAAAUUGAAUCCACGUCCAUCAAGAAACCAGAGCCUAGCGUUUCACCUAAAAAACUCCAACCUACUACUGUACUUCCCGUAACUAGGCACCGAUUUUCGAAGAGCUUAUCUCGGACUCCUUCGCCGUUUAAAAAGACUGAAGACAUUAUAGCCGCGGUUAAAGUUAAACAGCCAUUAAAAGAAGACAAUAAGGAAGAAUCACCGAAAGAAGAGUCGAGCUUCUCGUCCGGAGAUGCUUUCCCGUUGAAGAAGGAUGACAAGUCGAUAAAAUCCGCCAAGGUGGCGACAGACGACAAGAAGUCGAGUCAAAAGACGUCGGAGCCAAUCGUGUUGAAAAAAUCUGUGGAGGUGAUCAAGAAGUCGAAGAGAGAAAAACGCGAUGGUUCUACAGACUCAAAUGACAGCGAAAGCGAGGGCAAGAAAAGCAAGCCACGGAAAUUAGAGAAGGCCAGGAAAUCUCGAAAAGCAUCCACGGACGAAGAGAAAUCGGACAAGGGUGCUUCUAGCUCGGACUCCGAAGAGGAGAGAAAACACGUGGAGAAAAGCAAAAAAGUUAGAGAGCCGAGUCGAGGAGACUCACUAGACGAACGCACCAAGGACAGAAAAGACAGCGGUAGGAAGCGGGAAACCAAUGAAAACGAAUCUCGCAAACGAUCCAAGAAAGAAUUAGAAGAGGAAACCAAGAAAUCGAAGAGAUCUAGGAAAGACUCUUCUUCGGGUGACGAAGAUCAAAAAACGAAAAGAAGCAAAAGCGAAGACAGAUCCAGGUCACGGAAGACUAAGAAAGAUUCAAGUUCGGACGAUGAACCGAAAAAGGUACGAAAACGAAGAGACAGCUCUUCGGAGGACGAGAAAUCACGGACGAGGAAGUCGAGAAAAGACUCCACGAGCGAGGACGAAGGCAAAACUCGAUUGAAGAAAUCUAAACGAGAUUCGAGUACAGACGACGACGAAGCAGGAGAGAAAGACGCAAAGAAAAAGAGGAAAGCGGACGACAGUUCAGACGAAGAAAAAGUGAAGAAGAAACGUAAAAAGAAGACUAAAACCAGUACCAGUGAAUCAGAGGAAAGCGAAGUAGAGGAGAAGAAGAAGAAGAAGGAUAAAAAACACAAGAAACAUAAGAAGCAUAAGAAACACAGAAAACACAAAAAGAAGAAAGUUGCGGACUCUGACGAAUCCGAUGUAAGUGAAGGUAAUACUGAGGAACUGGAAAAAAAAUUGCGGGAAAAAGCGUUAAAAUCAAUGAAAAAAGGACACAGUAUAGAAAGAAGUGAUUGAGGUUUGUGUGAAUUAUCAUCGAGGGUGUGUAACGUGUGUAUACCUCUGUAUUGCAAUGCACUUGCUCUAACCGUAUCACGAUUUUAUUUUCAUUUAUUAUUAAAGACAAUAUGAUUUCAUAGUAUUGCGCUUUCUUGUGCAAUACAAAUUGGUAUCGUCAAAAAGUUCGUCUCUUUGAUGAAAACAUCCUAAUUUUUACAGCCCUUUAGCAUUAGUUGGUUUUCUUGACUUAGCGCAAUCGAAAUAAUACAUAUGAACAUGAUAGAGACAGUAAUUUUUUGUGCCACUUUAAUGUAGGAUUUUUACACUUCAAGGCAAUAUAAUUGAAUAAAGAAAUUAUAUUCUCCUUAGUUGAUAAGUUCAGUUAAUAAAUUAAUGUUCAUUGUAUAGCGUGAUGACUUUAAUUUGUAAAUUUAAUUUGUGUAAAAAUCAUUUUUCUAGAGUUAUCUAUAUUAAAAUAAAAGUAGUAAAUUCUGUCUUUAAGACAAAUAUUAUACUUUCUAUGAAACUAUUAUCACACCCUCUCGUUACGGCAUUCGUAUACGUAAGUUAUGUAACGAAACUUAAUCUACGAUCACUACAAAUUUGACUUAGAGUUCGGAAUUACUACUACCGAAUUUGUAUGUGACGCAACUUAUUUCAUGUAUACUGUAACAAGUAUACUGUAUUAAAUACAUGAUUUUCAGAAAAA